GCGCACUAUAAAUGCACCAACCAAGAAUUAAAGGCGUUUCAGUUUGCGCCACUACAUAACCGCAAGAACCUGGAACCCUAACGAGAAGAGAGAGUGGAGAGUCCUCGCUUCUCACUCUCACCACCGCCAUGGACGACGAGGUGCGCCAGAUCUUCAACAAGUUCGACAAGAACGGCGACGGCAAGAUCUCCAUCGCCGAGCUCAAGGACAUGCUCGUCACGCUCGGCUCCAAAACGACGAACGACGAGCUCAAACGCAUGAUGGAGGAGCUCGACCAAAACGGCGACGGUUUCAUCGACCUCAAGGAGUUCGCCGACUUCCAUUGCAAUGACGCCGGAAACGACGACUCCAAGGAGCUCCGCGACGCCUUCGAUCUCUACGACGUCGACAAGAACGGCCUCAUCUCCGCCAAGGAGUUGCACGACGUGCUCCGGAGGCUCGGCGAGAAGUGCUCCCUCAGCGACUGCCGCAAGAUGAUCAGCAACGUCGACGCCGACGGCGAUGGCAACGUCAACUUCGAGGAGUUUAAGAAGAUGAUGGCUCGCUCUUAGCUUCCAAUCAGAUCAACGUUUCCAUUCUUCGAAGUCUUUGUUGGGAUGGUUGUCACACUCAUCAUUUAAGCCUCGAGCAAGAGGAGGAGACUGCGUUCCCUCUUUCACUUCCUUGCGACAUUGUUCUUCUCCAUUGAUUUGAUUUGAAGUGAGACGACACUAGAUUUAGUUUUUGUGUUUAGGUAUUAUUUUCAUUUUAUUUUAGAAUAAUAUGUAAUGUAACUGGGACACAAUAUUAUGAUUGUAAAUUCAAAGCAUCUAAUGAAAUACAAGAGAUUUUGUUAUGUA